AUGACCCCGCUUGACUCUGUUCAGGGUGGUAGUCUCCCGCCCGGCUUUGAUCCCACUUCUUGUCGCAGCGUGUACGUGGGGAACGUGCACACCAAGGUGACGGAUGCCAUGCUGGGGGAUAUCUUCUCCGCGCUCGGCCCGCUCGAGGGCUGCAAGCUCAUUCGCAAGGACAAGUCGUCAUACGGGUUUGUGGAUUUCUACGACCAUCGGUCGGCGCAGGCAGCGCUGCUCACACUCAACGGCCGUCUCCUGUUCGGGCAGCCGAUCAAGGUGAACUGGGCGUAUGCCAGCACUAACCGCGAAGACACCUCAACGCAUGUGAACAUAUUCGUGGGCGACCUGGGUCCAGAGGUCACAGACGCCUCGCUUUUCGCCGCCUUCAGCACCUUCCCCAGCUGCUCGGACGCGCGGGUAAUGUGGGACCAUCGCACAGGGCGCUCAAGGGGCUAUGGCUUCGUGUCCUUCCGCAGCCAACUGGACGCAGAGGCAGCAAUAACGGAGAUGACAGGCAAGUGGGUGGGCACACGACCCAUCCGGUGCAACUGGGCCACCAAGAACCAAGCCAUGGACGAUGCUUCCAAGCAGCAACAGCAGCAGCAGCAGCAACAGCAGCAACAGCAACAGCCAGUGGUGGUGGUGCCGCAACAGCAGCAGGCGCAACAACAGGCGGCGUCGCAACAAGCCGCGUUGCGGUCAGGGGCGGAGGGUGCAGGUGGAGGGGCGAAUGGCACUGUCAAGCAUGAACCGAAAGACAAUGAUUCACAAGGAGCAGCACCAGGGGCGGCUGCAGCUGCUGCUGCUGCUGCAGGGGCCCCCGGUACCACCACUGCUGCUGCUGGUGCGGCUGCGGGGGCUGGGGCUGGAGGGGCUGGUACGACCAGCAGUGCACAGUUCACAACGGUCUAUGUGGGCAACUUGGCUUCAGAGGUGACGCAGACGGAGCUGCACCGGCAGUUCUACGCGCUGGGAGUGGGCAUCAUAGAGGAGGUGCGCGUGCAGCGCGACAAGGGCUUUGGCUUUGUGCGCUACCGCACGCAUGAGGAGGCCGCUGCUGCCAUCCAGGCCGCCAACGGCCGCGUCAUCUGCGGGAAAUCCGUCAAGUGCUCCUGGGGCAGCAAGCCCACGCCCCCCUCCGCCACCACAACCCCUGGCGGCCUUCCCCCACCACCCCCUGCUCCCCCUACCUAUGCCGCCCCUGCUGGCGCGUUUGGCGGCCCCUCUGCUGCUGACCUGCUGGCAUACCAGCGCUUGCGCGCCCUCAUGCCCCCUGCUGCACAAGCAGGGGCCAUGCCCAUGGAUUUCUUUGAGAAUAAGGUUUCGAGCUACGUUUGGCGCUUCGCAGCGAUGUGGUCGGCAGCAGCGGCGCCGGCGGGCCCGCGAGGGCCGCUGGUGACGUUCGGCGAUCUGGUGGGCGAUCUGACGGCGGAGGAGACGCGCGAGCGCGUCGACCACCGCGAUUUCGACGAUCGUGAGGGAGGGAUUCAAGAGAGGGGUAAGCUGCGGCAUCGGCGUCGGCGACGGUCGCAGCAGCAGCAGCAGCAAGUGAGAGGGGAGAGCGGAGAUGGCAUCGCUAGUUCCACCGCGCCGUCGUUGCUGCCGCGACCCGUCUCGCCUCCACUCGCUCUGCCCGCAUCACCGCAUGCAGCGCGCGCUUCCCACGUCACUCGCCAUAUGCUGCUCUCUUCCUUCGAGGCAUCGUUGGACGACUUCCGCUCGUCGCUCUCGGAGCCCGGCCAUGCAUGGACGCGCUUCACCGCGCAGAUGUGCGCAGCUCUCUCCUCUGCGGAUCAUCUCCUGCUCUCUGCUCGCUCCUCCCUCACCUCCCUCGCCGCCACUCUCCUGCGCCUGCGCCUCCUCGCCUCCCGAGCUGCCUCCGCGCUCUCCUUGCUCCGCUCCGCCCUGCACUCCUCCUCCCCCCCCAUCUCCCCUCCCCUCCCCCACUCCGACACCCCCGCCUCCGCCUCUCCCCUCUCUCACUCCUCUCCUGCAGCACCUGUUGCCCUCCCCCCUGCAGCACCUCGUGCCGUCCCUCCUCCUAGCUCUCUGCCUGCCCAGCACCCGUUUUUGCCACAGACUGCAGUGGAUGAGGCGCCACAGGCCCCUCUCUCCCUCCAUGCCUCCCUCUCUCCCUCCCUCCGUGCCUCCUUCUCUCGCUCCCUCCAUGCAUCUCCCUCCCAACCCUUCUCUUGCUCCUCCCCUCUCUGCCCCCCUCUCUCUCUGCCCCUCCCCUCUCUGCUCCUCCCCCUCUCCCCUCCGCUCUCUGCCCCUCCCCUCUCCGCCCCCCCCUCUCCGCUCCCCCCUCCCCUCUCCGCCCCUCCCCUCUCCGCCCCUCCCCUCUCCGCCCCUCCCCUCUCCGCCCCUCCCCUCUCCGCCCCUCCCCUCUCUGCCCCUCCCCUCUCUGCCCCUCCCCUCUCUGCCCCUCCCCUCUCUGCCCCUCCUGUUUCCUCAACCCAAGCUGGCCCCCCUACUGCUCCUCCCGCUGCCCCGCCUACCACCCCUCCCACUGUCCCACUUUUUUCUGCUCCCACCGCCCCCGCAUUCUUCAACCCAUCUGCCCGGGCUGCUCGGCCCAAGCCCCCAAAAUUCUUUGUUCCCACAGCCCCAUAA